ACAGUAAAUGAAAAUGAAUUUGUAAACCGGCAUCACUACCACAGCAUCAAUACCCAGAUCGCUUUCGAUAGCGAAGACAGGAUAAUUGACGUUGUCGCUCGGUGGCCUGGAUCAACACACGAUUCACGCAUAUUGACAAACAGCGGUCUCUACCAGUUGUUCGACCGUAAUGUUGUCCCCAUGGGAUGCCACCUUCUCGGUGACAGCGGUUACCCCUGUAAGAAGUGGCUACUAACCCCUUUCCUAAGGCCAUUGGCAGGACCACAAACAAACUACAACAGAUCGCAUAAAAGAACAAGGAGCAGUGUUGAAAGGGCCAUUGGCCAAUUCAAGCGCAGAUUUCCUGUUCUUCAUGGGGAAAUCAGGUUAAAACCUGAGAAGGCUUGCAAGGUGAUCAUAGCAUGUGCUGUCCUUCACAACAUAUGCAAGGACAGAAACAUUCCAGUACCAACCACAGAUGGGCAUGAUGGAUUUGGAAGGCCUGAUGGGCAGAAUGGAGGUCUACAAGGAAUCACUACACCAGUGGCUGCACUGAGAUAUAGAGAGCACUUCGCCAAUAAAAACUUUCCAUAGCUUCCACUGUGUGGCAUCUUGGAGCAUCUGGAUGGACUGCUGGCUCCUCAGGACCCAUUCUGGCUCCCUCUGGCUGUGGAUGGGGGU